AUGGGAAUACCGAGGUCCCCUGGGCACCUGGUACCGGGAUCCUCUCGCAGUUGGUACCGAGGUCCCCUGGGCACCCGCUACCGGGAUUCUCUCGCAGCCGGUACCGAGGUCCCCUGGGCACCUGGAUCCUCUCGCAGUCGGUACCAGGCUUCCCUGAGCACCCAGUACAGGGAUCCUCUGACGGUCGGCAGCACAAAGCGAGCAGGAUUCCCUGGACAUGGGGAGCCCCGGGGCCGGGGCGCAGCUCCCCGCGCUCCGGCCCCGCUCGACGCCGCUCUCCGUGCCCGCAGGUUUUGCGGGGAGUGCCUGCAGCCCUGCCUCCAAGUGCCCUCCCCGCUGUGCCCGCUCUGCCGCAUGCCCUUCGAUCCCAAGAAGGUGGAGAAGGCCUCCAACGUGGAGAAGCAGCUCUCGGCCUACAAGGCCCCUUGCAGAGGCUGCAGCAAGAAGGUAACCCUGGCGAAAAUGCGGUCUCACGUCUCCUCCUGUGCGAAGGUGCAAGAGCAGAUGGCCAACUGCCCCAAGUUCGUCCCUGUCGUCCCCACGUCCCAGCCCAUCCCCAGCAACAUUCCCAAUCGCUCGACAUUCGUGUGUCCGUACUGCGGGGCCCGGAACUUGGACCAGCAGGAGCUAGUGAAGCACUGCAUGGAGAACCACCGCAACGACCCCAACAAAGUGGUGUGCCCGGUGUGCUCGGCCAUGCCCUGGGGGGACCCGAGCUACAAGAGCGCCAACUUCCUGCAGCACCUCCUGCACCGGCACAAAUUCUCCUACGACACCUUCGUGGACUAUAACAUCGACGAGGAGGCAGCGUUGCAGGCUGCCCUGGCACUGUCGCUCUCCGAGAACUGAAGGCGACUGCGGAGCAUCAGUUGGACCCACCCGCACACCCCUUCUCCUCUUGCACACUCGGCCUUCCUGCCGGAGAGCUACGGAGCUCCUUGGCCCCUCGGCACCCCCGGAGACCCUCCGCCUCUCUCCCGACUUCUCUCUGGGCUGAUCCCACCUUGUUUAAGAAGGUGGAGUCUCUUUAGCAUCACGCUGGAUCGGUGAGUGAGCAGAGACGUCCGCUCUUGGGAGGAGAGAGCUAUCCGUGCUGAAGGACUGGGAUUGUCCCUCGUUUGGGCGUUUCAUAUCCAUAUACGGAGUAUAUACCUGUAUCCAGAUCUAUUUAUUAUUAGAUGCUUUUUGGCACCAUUUGUCUUCAUGCUCUUUGUUGCAAUUUAAUAGGUAUCUAAAACUAUGAUGCAUUUUAUGCAAAAAUGCCCUAGUUUUAAACUGGAAUCAUCCAUGUUCUUU